GUUUCAUACAUACAGGCAACUGAUUGGAUCGGGUCGGGUUGUCGGGAUUGGAUCCGACUGGAGCUGCUUCAUUAGUGAGCACCGGCGAUUCAGCGUUCAGACUGAGCUUCCUCGCCGGCGUCCGUCGCUUCCGCCCUUUCUCACCUGUAGAACCACCGCAGCCGCCAUGCUCGGCGGCAGCUGAGAUGGCAGCAUCAUCUUCUUCAUCCGCCCUGCCGCCGGUCCGGUCAUGGAGGACUGCCUUCCUCACACUGAGGGACGAAACCACGACGAGCCCCCCUCGGGCCUCGGUUCCGGAUCUGCUCCACAACCUCGUCUUCUCCAAUUCCGCUCCUCUCAUCGCCGCAGCGGCCGAGCUCCCUCCACAAGAGGUUGCGUCCGAUGUGCUGUUUCUGAUUGAACUGGUCGCAGAUGCCGAUCAAGUCGGCGAAAAUGCAAUGGCUGCUUACUCUCUGACGUUCCACUUGAUUAAUGAUAUCAGCCGCCGAGUAUCUCUUGAUAUCAAUGCAUCAUAUUGGAAGCGCAUUCUCGAUUCUUUUGGAAAGAUCAUUGGAGUUUCCAUUGGCAAAGCUAGCUUAAAUGGAGAGGGCACAGGAAAUCCUUCCAGAAUUAGGCCUGUGAUGAACUGUUUUGAGACUUUAAGAAUCCUCAUUGCUGCACAUCUCAGAAUAUCCUCUCUGUCGGAAAAUAUUGAACUGGUGAAGUUCCUAGGCAGCAACAUUGCACGCUUUCAUGCAGAGUUAUCCUCCUUUUCUGAUCUGAGUGGUACCCAAAGAUAUCCUGCUGUUGCUGAGAAAAGAAUCCCUAGAUCUGGCAGUCUGUGGGAAGUCCAAACUCUUUGCUUUACAAUGCUCGGGGAAGCAUUCUCAAGAGUUGGUUCUCUUAUUCCCAUUGAUACCUGGCAAUCAGUAAUUGAGGUACUCAGUAAAGAGAUGGAUGUCUUGGCAUCAAAGAACCUGCUAGUGGAGGACAAUACUAUGGCCAAGUUUUAUGCGGCCCUUCUUCAAUGUUUGCAUUUGGUUCUCGUAGACAAAAAAUCUUCUCUUUCCGAUCAUGUUCCCAGUUUUGUGGCAGCUUUACGGCUCUUUUUAAAUUAUGGCCUUGCAAGUUGCAGGCCUCAGAUGACAUACAAGACUGUUGGUGAGAAGGAGAAGGAAGUGAGCUCUUUGACCUCAAAAACAAGUUCAAGUACAGAUGGGAAGGUUGAUCAUAAACCAUAUAGACCUCCUCACCUGCGAAGAAAUGAUGCUGCUAAUUUGAAGAAAACAAAAGAUCUGUAUGCUCCUGCUUUGUCAGAUCAUGGAUCAGAUUCAGAGUACAGUGAUAGUGAUGGAUCUGUGCAGGACAAUGAUAGCAUACGCAGAUCCAAGGUCAGAGUAUCUGCUCUUCUCUGUCUGCAGGACCUCUGCCAAGCUGAUCCCAAGGCAUUUACAACCCAGUGGACUAUGCUUUUGCCAACUAAUGAUGUAUUAGAGUCCAGGAAGUUUGAUGCAACUCUCAUGACCUGCUUGCUGUUUGAUCCUUACUUGAAGGCGCGGCUAGCUUCUGCCUCAACUCUGGCAGUCAUGUUGGAUGGUCCAUCGUCUGUAUCUCUGCAGGUGGCUGAAUACAAGGAUUCCUCUAAACGUGGAUCUUAUACAUCACUUUCAAGUUCUCUUGGACAGAUUCUAAUGCAACUUCAUAAAGGAGUUAUACACUUAGUCAUGCGGGAAACUCAUAGUGGAUUGCUGGCAUCACUGUUGAAGAUUUUAAUGCUUUUAAUAUCAUCUACACCCUAUGCAAGAAUGCCUGAAGAUUUGUUGCCUACUGUAAUUAUAAAUUUACAAGCGAAAGUGGAAGGUGGUUUCCCAUCCAACAAUGACGAUACUAGUCUUCUGGCAACUGCAAUUAGUUGUCUUGCUGGUGCCCUAUCCACCUCAUCUUCCUCAUUAAAAGUGCAAGAAAUCCUCGCACAAGAAAUUGAAGGUUUUAAUAAGAAUGAAAAGAGAACAGGUGUCCUUUCCACACUAUUUCGACUUUGUGAGAUGUCAACCAGUCCGACAAUAAGCUUUGAGGCUCUUCAGGCCCUUAGAGCUUUGUCACAUAGUUAUCCAAAAAUAGUUGUUGCCUGCUGGGAACAUGUUUUUGCAAUUGUGCAUAGUCACAUGGAGGUUGCGUCUCCUGAAGUUCCCACAAGUCCACGUAGGGGACUUAGUGGAAACUCAAUUCGUGUCAAUGGGGAAAAGGUCAUUGCAGCUGCGAUCAAGGUUUUGGAUGACUGUCUCCGUGCUCUUUCUGGAUUCAAAGGAACUGAAGAUCUUUUGGAUGACAAAUUGCUCGACACUCCUUUUACAUCUGACUGCAUAAGGGAAAAGAAGAUUUUCUCAGCGCCAUCUUGCGGAGAUGAAGCCUCAGAUGAUUAUAAGGAUGACCAGAGAACAAGUCAGUCAGGAGGUGAUCAGUGGGAACAGGCAAUCAACAAGUUCUUGCGACGAACCUUGCGGCACUCUUCACAUGUGGUGAGAGCUGCAUCAGUGACUUGUUUUGCUGGUAUAACUUCCUCAGCGUUCUAUUCACUAAAAAAGCAGCAUCAAGACUUCGUUCUCUCUUCCACAAUAUAUGCUGCUGUUGAAGAUGUGGUUCCUUCUGUUAGAUCAGCUGCUUGUCGAGCCAUCGGCGUGAUUACAUGCUUCCCAGAAAUCUGCCGAAGUGCAGGGAUCCUUGGCAGUUUCGUCAAGGCUGUGGAAACUAACACUCAGAAUUCCGUGGUUUCGGUCAGAAUAACAGCGUCCUGGGCAUUGGCAAACAUAUGCGAGUCCCUUCAUCGUUGGUUCAAUGAUGUCCAUCCAGAGUGUUUUGUUGAGACAAACGCUCGAGUGGUAGCCCUGAUCGAGUGUGCUUUGCGUUUAACAAACGAUGGAGACAAGGUCAAAUCUAAUGCUGUCAGGGCUCUUGGGGCUCUCUCUAAAUAUGUUAGAUGUAGAGACUUGUCUGGUAUUCAAGGGAAGCCGGUGGAAUACGCUGUUUCCUAUUCGACAAACUGCAUUCAGGGUUCAGCAUCUAGUACUUGGACUAAUAAUAGGUUACCAGAAACAUGUACUGCAACUUCUGUAGGGGACUCUCGUUGGCUGGAAAAAAUUGUGCAGGCCUUUCUUUCUUGUGUGACAACUGGAAACGUCAAGGUCCAGUGGAACGUUUGUCAUGCAUUGAGUAAUUUAUUUCGAAAUGAGACACUGAGUCUUAAGGAUGAGGAUUGGGCUCCUUCUGUUUUUAGUAUUCUUCUAUUACUUCUACGCGAUUCUUCCAAUUUCAAGAUCAGGAUACAAGCUGCCGCUGCUCUUGCUGUUCCGGAAUCAGUAUUAGAUUAUGGGAGAUCUUUCACAGAUGUGGUGAAGGGCGUGGAACAUGUUCUUGAGAAUCUCGACUCGUAUCAAAUGUCAGCACCGUCGAGUUUCAAGUAUCGGUCAGCUCUUGAAAAGCAGCUAACCAUCACGAUGUUGCAUGUUCUUCACCUCGCAUCAAGCUCGGAUCAUCAACCUCUGAAAGAUUUUAUUGUGAAAAAAGCCUCCUUUCUUGAGGAGUGGUUGAAGGGGCUAUGUUCAUCCGUGAAAGAUAUAAGUGCUCCUACAGAGAUCGAGAGCGUUAACACAGUAAACCAAAAGAAAGAGGUUAUAUCAAAGGCCUUGCGAUCAUUAACCGAGGUGUUUGAAGGCAUGAACCAUCAUGCAACUGCACAGAAAUUCGAGGUCUUGUAUCAGAGCAUACAAUAAUGAUUGGUGGAGAUCAUUACAAUUGAUGCACACACGACAUGCCCAAAACAACCCUUCAUCAUCACGGGUUCCUCCUCAAAGGGUUCGGUGCUCAUGAAGAGUCCUGAUACGGAGACAGAGAAAUUAUAGUCUGCACUCAGGUACGGCUCCCUUGCAUCAGUUGGUCCCCGAGUUGCUGCUUUCUAAAUUACAGUUUCAUCGCCACCUUGUUGUAGCAUUUGAUAUUUCGCUGAUCCUUCGUCUCUUCUUUAUAUUUCCCAAGAAGUGAGAGCUUCUCGAUACCGCAUGUGUAGAUAUGAGUGGAAUACUGUAGUGUGAAGCAAUAGCGAUGUGCUUGUUUUACGUGAUCAACCCUCGAGAAAAAUGAAGGCUUGCCACUUUCUUCGUCCCAUUGGAUAAAAUUUCCAAACCGCAGGUUACCCACCAGCACCAACCCCACUGUUCGAUUCCAAACAUCUCUGGUCUCGCCAAUAGCCUAAUUUCAUUUUAGUUUUAUUUCUUGUACUGAUGAGUGAUUGUUUUUGGAACAUAAAGUUUGGUCCAAGUCAUGCCUGCUCUGCUCUACCUUUCCUUUCUCAAAAAUUGUCAAUACAGUGUAACAAAUGAUUCCUUCA